GCUCGCUCUAACAAAAUUACAAGAAAUAAUCGAUGGGAAGAAAGAACAGAACUAAUACAGCGUCGUCCCAAGGGACGACAUCGUAUCAAGAUAAUCAAGUACACUUCAGCCACGCCCACAUCUUGAAACUGAUCAAUAGUCCAUCUGAAAAUACUCUCAAUUGCAAUGCUUGUGAGCAACAGAACAUUAGUAACAAGCCUUUCUACGGCUGCAACAGUUGCCAAUAUUUCCUCCACGAAAACUGCCUCAACGCUCCUCGUUUUCUCGAUCACUCAUCUCAUCCUUCCCACCCAUUAACCCUUCACCCAAUUCCAACUUAUCCGACUCAUACCUAUCUUUGCGAUGCUUGUGGCUCCACUGGCAACGGAUUCAGCUUUAGUUGUGCCCGUUGCCAGUUUGAUAUCCACUUGCAAUGUGCUUCUUGUCCGAGUUCAUUACUCGUUGAGAAGCACCCACAUCAAUUGGAGCUGAUAUUCGGUUCUCCUUACGAAGAUAAGGAUGUCGAAUAUGUUUGUGAUGUCUGUGAUGCAGUAAUGAACAAGGACAAUUGGUUGUACUAUUGUGCUGAUUGUGAUUUCGGGGCACACUUGCAGUGUGCUAGCCCUGAACUUGUUGUUUACCCGAGAAGCCGACUAAUUAAUUCAAAUUCAAAUUCAAAUCCAAAUCCAAAUGCAAAUUCAGCACUGGAGAUGAUAAAUGCAGUUAAUGAGACUAGUGAUCAUUUUUUUGAAUAUCAACUUGCUAGUCGGAUGGCAGCACAAUUAGGAGAAGAAAUGCUGGACUCAGGCAGGCCAAGACGAAGAUACAUUUACUACUGACUCUAUUUAUCUAAUAAUGCAUGAUGCAUCCACUUUGAUAUUUUCAUCUUUUCUGCAAAAUAAAUGCUUAAUUUGCUGUUACGUUGUA